CAUCAUGAAGGUAUUCGUUUGCUUGUUGGCGUUAGCCGUAGCCGCAAAUGCCGGCUUCAUCGGCGGUGGAGGUGGCGGUUGGUCUGGCGGUGGUGGCGGUGGAUAUGGCGGCGGAGGCGGCAGCGGAUGGAAAUCAGGCGGCGGCGGCGGCUGGUCCGGAGGUGGCAGUAGCGGAUGGUCUAGUGGCGGAGGAGGUGGAGGCUGGUCUGGCGGUGGUGGUGGAGGCUACGGCGGCGGUGGACACGGCGGCGGAAGUGGUGGACAAGUCAAGAUCAUCAAGAUCAUAACCACCGGCGGAGGCGGAGGCGGCGGCGGCGGCUUCGGUGGUGGUCACGGAGGAUGGUCCGGCGGCGGCGGUAGCAGUGGCUGGAAAAGUGGAGGCGGCGGAGGCUAUGGCGGUGGUGGACUAGGCGGCGGCAGCGGUGGCUGGAAACUCGGUGGUGGAGGCGGUGGCUGGUCCAGCGGCGGUGGUAGCGGCGGUUGGUCGAGCGGCGGUGGAUCCUCCGGAUGGUGGUGAUCAUCAUUACGACGAACAAGCAUAGUACAAAUACAGUGAUACCUUUAAUUUGUUUUUU